UCAUGCUUUUUUCCCGGAUAAUUUGAGCACGUCACUGAGUCCUUCCCACAAAGUUGGAAAACAGCGGAGCGUCCGUGAACGCGACCGGACACACGAGUGCCGCGUCUGAAGAUCAAGAAUGCUAAGACACAAUGGAUCCCAUAGUUGAUUCGGGUACCUUUGCUCUCCCUCAACCAACACGCCAGCCUCGCCCCUGGCACCCGAUCGCGCCUCUUUUACCUCCUCCUGGAAGCUUCAGUAGACUUCUCACAGGAGAAAAGUGAACACAUCUUGUGUAAAUAUGACCGAAUGGAGAUCUCAGUGGCGUCUGGUCCUUCUCAACUCUUUAACAUGUGGUCUGGAGAUCUGCCUGGCGGCCGGGAUCACCUACGUGCCCCCUUUACUGCUGGAGGCCGGUGUGGAAGAACAGUACAUGACUAUGGUCUUAGGUAUUGGACCUGUCCUGGGUCUUCUCUUCAUCCCUCUGAUUGGCUCAGCCAGCGAUCAUUGCAACAGCAGUUAUGGCCGCAGACGGCCCUUCAUCUGGCUGCUGUCAUUGGGAGUUCUCCUCGCUCUGCUUAUUAUCCCGCACGCUGAUGUGUUGGCCGCCCACCUCAGUUGGGGCAGUACCCGCCGUAACCAGGCUCUCCAGGUGGGCCUGCUCAUCCUCGGUGUUGGUCUAUUGGACUUCUGCGGGCAGGUGUGCUUCACCCCCCUUGAGGCGCUACUUUCAGACCUGUACCGUGAACGGGACGACUGUGGACAGGCUUUCGCCAUGUUCUCCUUUAUGGUUAGUCUGGGUGGCUGCGUGGGAUAUCUGUUACCCGCGCUGGAUUGGAGCGGAGGCCUUCUCUCCUUUUACCUGGGUGGACAAGCGGAGUGUUUGUUCUCCGUCCUCAUCCUCAUUUUUGUGGUCAGCGUACUGGUCACCAUGAAGGUUUCCGAGGAACAUUGUGGGACGUCCACUCUAGAACCGGGCCCGUUGGAGUUGGGACGAUGUUUUCCGCGUUCGUGCUGCUACCUGUUUCAGUGUAAGCUGCGGUCGCUUAAGUCCGGACCGCUGAUGUGCCUUUUGAGAACUUGCUGGUCUAUGACACCAGCCAUUUACAGCAGCUACUGCCAUGUGCCGCGUGUCAUGCGACAGCUGUGCUUGGCUCAGCUCUGCAGCUGGAUGGGCGUCAUGUCCUUCAUGCUUUUCUACACAGAUUUCAUCGGUGAGGGACUCUACCAGGGGGUUCCCAGUGCCGCUCCUGGCACCGAUCUCAGGCAGCGCUAUGAUGAAGGCAUACGAAUGGGCAGCCUCGGAUUGUUUCUGCAGUGCGCUACCUCAACUUUCUUCUCGUUGGUCAUGAGCAAGCUGGUACAUCUGUUCGGGUCCAGGACCGUCUAUCUGAGCAGCAUGGUGUGCUUCACCGUAUCCGCUUUGGUCAUCUGCCUGUCCAAAAGCGUGCUGUUGGUCACGGCUAUGUCCGCCCUCACUGGCUUUGCAUACGCAACACUGCAGACGCUGCCUUACACACUUACGUGCCACUACCACAAAGACAAACAGGUGUACAUGCAAAGCACCCAAACCAAAAAACUGCACAAAAACGGAUUUCCGAUCACAAGGGAUUCUGUGUGUUUGACUUUAGACACUGACUCUGGAGAUCUCACCCACAAGAACGGCAUUUCUAACGGGAAUGCUCAUUACAGUAGCGAUGGACAAACAUAUUAUCAACCUUUGCAGAACGGUGCAGUCACUUUGGAGUCUGAGGAUUUUGAAAAGCGUGGGGUGGGACUUGACUUCGCCAUUUUGGAUAGCACCUUUCUUCUCUCUCAGGUCUUCCCUACCUUCUUCAUGGGCAUGAUCGUCCAGUUCACACAGUCCGUCACUGCUUAUAUCGCGUCAUCUGCCAUUUUCGGUGCCAUUGGCAUCUAUUUUGCCACCCAUAUCAUCUUUGACCAAAAGGAUCUUUGAAGCUGAAAGUUGCAGUGAUGAUCAUCAGUUUUUUUCACCUGGAGGAAUAAAAGUCUCAGGUUUACUGAUCGCUGGUCACCUUUUAUUUCUCAUAUAGGUUGUGUUUAUUUGGGGAUGAAGUGUUCAGUAGCAGACACUUUGAGAAUGGGACCAAUGGACACAUUAAACUUUACAUCUCGAUGUAAUUACUGUUGUAAAGAACUAUUUUAUUGUGUAUAUAUAUUUUUAUAUUAAUAAUAUAUACAUAUAUUUAUAUCCCUAUGGGAAUUUUUAUGCAACCCAUUUUGGUGAUCAUCUUUAUUUAUGUAGUAAUUCUAACCUCAUUUGACGUGUCAAACAAACGUGUCUUAAUUUUAUUUUUAUUUAAUUUUUUGCUUGGUCAGUAUCAAGAGAUAUAUCACAGUAUAUACACAUAUAAAACAAGACAAUCUGGGAGAUUUUUUACAAGAAACUUUACACACAGACUACCUUAAACAUAUAUUCUGUAAACAUCAGGUCAACAAAAUUACAUUUUUGUGUUGUGACUGACAAAUGAAAUUGUACAAACCUGUACCAGUUUCAUGUCCCCUUGUAAUGUAUUUGUAAGUACACUCACUAUUGGUCCGACAGUGUGUAUACAUGUAGCUUUAUUUGUUGAAGUGUAAGAUUCUCAGGAUGGACUUAAAAAAUUGUCUUUAAGCACAGCACAAUGUACAAAUAAAAAGGAACUGAUAUUUUCAUUGCUAAGACUAUACUGUCAUAUUUUUACAUUGCUUUUCAAAGACAACUAAUGUUUGAUUUUAAUUUAUAACCAAAAUGUACUUUCUUACUCUGAUGGCAUCAUAAAUCCCUCUUAUCUUUAUCUUAUGUUUACUCUAAAACCAUUUGUUGCCAUGUCUGGUUAAUCCAGGUUAAAGUCUCAUAGGAGCAUCAAAGUUUGAUUUUAAUCUUUGACUUGACCUUACUCAGUCAAUAUUAAAGAUAUCAAGGUAAUAUUUUCACAAAAUGUUGUUUACAUUAUAUAGGAUUAUUUUAAAACAAUCACAAAAAUGACUUAAGCUGGGUUUCUACAUUUAUAAUCCUAUUAAUCCGUGUGGUUAAAAUCCUGUUGCUUUGUUUCACUUAGAAAUAAUGUGUUGUAAAACUGUUGAUAGCUUUGAAUUAGUGGUGUUUUGUUAUAAAUGGCUGCCAUUCCACCCUCAAGUGACAUGAUGCUAUUCAUCUCAGCCAGCUAAUGCUUUUUUCUUUUGUUCCCUGAAUUAGACUUGUAAAGUGUUUAGACAAUGAACACUGACUGUCAGUCUGUCAGCCACUUUUAUUGAGGCUGUAAGAAUGAAUGAAAAAUGGGACAGGCUUUUACAAAGGAGAAAAAACUUGAGCUUUGCCGUCCGUAGGGAUUCUGUCUGGCUCAGAUUGAAUGAUCAUUUAUUCAGUACUCUUUAGGUCGCUGUCAUAUCACUGCAAUGUGUCAUCAUAACAGAUACAAAGACAGAAGGAUUCAAUCUGCUUAUCCAAGUCUGAUCAAUGUUGAGGUUUACCUAACGUGCUUGUCGAAACUAAAUGGUUUGGCUGCUAUAUUGAGUUUGUUUAAUAACCCACUUUUGCGUUGUAAAAAAUUAACAUUUUUGACUAAUGUGGGCUAAUUGGCUUUGAGAGGGAAUGAAUUUUCAUAUGAGGGUCUGAAAUAUCAUAAAUAUGACUUACUUCAGGAUGUUACAAAAGAUUUUGUAGCUUGUUGGGACAACUCACCAAACAAGAUUUAUAUCUGUAUAAUUUUGUGAAAAUGAUAAUUAAUAUUAACAAUAUAAAAAAAUUAACAAAGGGGUCUUAAAAGUGUGUAAAAAAAAUCCAAAUUGCUCAAAAUAAGUUUCAACAUUGUUAAAUAUCGCCAUCUACUGGACACGUGUUUCAUCUAAAAUCUAUCUAUCUAUCUAUCUAUCUAUCUAUCUAUCUAUCUAUCUAUCUAUCUAUCUAUCUAUCUAUCUAUCUAUCUAUCUAUCUAUCUAUCUAUCUAUCUAUCCGAAAGCUCAAUCUAUCUAUUUGUCUGUCUAUCUAUCUAUCUAUCUAUCUAUCUAUCUGUC